AUGUCACACACCGCCGUGCCGAAGGAUGGAGAACUAAAGCCGGCAGCGUCCGGUGCCGAAACUGCGACGGCUUCAGAGUCUGCGCUGGCGGCGACGGCGGAGCCCUCCCAGGCAUCCCGCGAGGCCGUGAAGUCUGCCGAGUCCCAGCUCGACGGCAAGACGGGCGACGGGGAAGAGUAUGAGGACAGCCCAGCGCUGGCGGGCUCGGAGUCGGAGCUCAAUGGCACGGGGCGCGACGAGACGCACGAGCUGCUGCAGGAGCUGGAGACGGACGCCGUGGAUCCGAACGACGGCUUCAAGGUACUGGACGAGCUCUUCACCGGCGGCAAGAUCAACGAGGUGCAGUACAAGGACCUGCAGCGGAAGCACAAGUACCUGCAGUCGAUGUUCUGGGUGUGCGUGCAGAACAGGGCUGGACUGAGGGACGACAUUAAAGAGACGAACGCCUUUUUGCACGAGCUGAAGGAAAAGGCCAGGCUAGAGGAAUCGAGUAAAGACAAGAGGGAUCCCGUGGAAGAAUUUCCUGAAAUCCACACGCAAGAAAUCCGCAACCUGAUCGACGACAUCGACGCCCGCGAGCGACUCGUUCCACAGAAGGAAGCCAAGAUCAAGAAGCUGGAGGAGAAGAUAGCGGUGCUACAGGAUGAGAAGGAGGGGCUGCUGCCGAAAAUGGUGCUCGUCACCCGAGACGCGGACCGCGAAGAAAAACACUGCGCCAAACUGAAGAAGCAGAUGGAGGCGCUGGGGUCGGAGGCAGCCGUCGUCAUCAGCGAGCUCAAGGAAUCCACCGACGCCUCCCAGAAGAUCGACAACGAGCGGAACGAGCUGAUCAAGGCCAUGGACAAGGAGUACAAGCUACUGGACGCCAAGUCGAAGGAGUGCGCGAACCUGUCGCGCGACACGACCACCUGUCGGGAGCGAGGCGCGCUGCUGAUGGACGAGAAGAACCGCGUCGAGGCCAGGCUGGCCAUGUUGGCCAGCGAGAUCCGCCAAGAGACGCUGAGCGAGCGCGACAUGCACAAGGCGCUGGAGCGGAAGGAGGUGGACAUCGCGCACGGCGACACUAACAUGCUGGCAACGCUGACAUCGGUGGAGCUGCAGAACCUUAAGCGCCUGGCCAAGGAACGAGCCCGGCUGAUCCGACAGCAGGAAACGCUGACCAAGUCGCUGGACACGCUGAGCAGGCAGCACAGCAAUCUGAUCCGGCAGCGGGACACGAAUGCCAGGGUCCUCCGGAAGCUGAACGGCGAGGUGGAGCGCAACGAAGACGAGCUGCGCAACCGCAUCACCGUGGUGGCCAAGUUCAAGAAAAAGUACGAGGAGACUGAGAAGCAAACCAAGGAGCUGUCUGACCGCUACGAGCUGAUGAAGAAGGAGCGAGACGAGAUGUCGGCUCAGCUUAACAUCUCGCUCACCAACUGCGACGAGCUGCUGAAGAAGACGCAGAUCCUGCGCUCGCAGCAGGACACCAUGCUGAGCAGGAAGCUGGAGCUGGAGCGGCAGCACGCCGUCACGCGCCAGAAUACGCUGAAGACGAUCCUCGACAAGACCAUGACGCAGAGCACGAUGAACCAGGAGAAGGACGCGAUGAAGGAGUUGGAGGCUACGUGCGACCAGCUGGACAUGAUGAUCACUUGCAACCAGGCGGCGCUCAACGCCAUCAAAGAAACGGUCAUGUCCGACCUGGAGGAAUACAAGCGGCAGGUGGUGGACCGGAACGAGCGGGGCUUGCUGCUGGUGGAGCGCGACGAGGAGGUGUGCGCCUUCCAGGAAAAAAUCAGCCUGCAGGAGCUGUUCAUCGAACGCGGCUAUGGCCAGCUGGACGCCAUGGAGAAGGACAUCUGCGAGCUGAACACGAUAGUGCGCUCCGAGCAGCACCACAUUAACGACGAGAUGGAGACGCCCGCCCUGCGCCGGUGUCGCCAUCUGGCCGGACCGGACCGCGCCGACGACAACAUCCCGGCCCACCUGUGUCGCAUCGAACUGCAGCUGUACGAGGCCGAGCUGCGGCUGCUGGAGCGCCAGAUGGUGGACGCGCAGCUGGAGCGCCUCGUCGGCCGGCUGCGCGCAGAGAUCAACGCUACGCGCGCCGACUCGGAGCGCCUCGCCAAGCGCGCGAACGUCGAGAAGCGCGCCGCGCGCUCCAACUACCUGCCGGCGGCGGGCAGCGCGCUGCCCCUGCCGCGGCCGUACGGUGCGUUCGGGCCGUUCAAGCCGCAGACGCACGGCGCCAGGUUCCGCCAGAUGCAGCGCAUGGUGGGACGGGGUCAGAAACAGUAG